AUGCCUGUUGAACCUGAGGUGUUGCCACAACCCUUGCGCUUGCCGCCCGACGAGGCGCUUGACGUCAUCUGGGGUCUUGUUCGUUACAUCCUCAUAUUUCUGGUUGUCGUUUUCGGUGUCGUUCCUGCCCUCUGCGGCACGGUGUUUCCGCCCUUUUCUGCCCUCUGGGAUGUGCUGUCAGGAAUUUCGCCUUACGCGUGGGGGUCAGUGGGGGUGGGCAUCGGCAUCGCCCUCUCCAUCAUUGGCGCCGCCUGGGGAAUCUUGACGACGGCAGCCUCCAUCAGCGGGGCAGCUAUCCGCGCGCCGGAGAUACGCAGCAAGAAUCUAAUCUCAAUUAUUUUUUGUGAGGCCGUGGCUAUCUAUGGUGUUAUCUUGUCGAUUAUCAUGAUGGGCAAACUCGAGGCACGCGCCAAUGCAAUUGAUGAAGCUGGAAAGUACUCUUAUAAAGCUGCUGCGGCUGGCUUUACUCUCUUUGCUGCGGGGCUGGCGGUGGGGAUAGGGAACAUGUCGUGUGGUGUUGCGGUUGGGGUGGUCGGGAGCAGCUGCGCUAUUGCGGACGCACAUAGCAGUUCCCUCUUUGUGAAGGUCCUGGUGAUUGAGAUCUUUGCCUCUGCCCUGGGGAUCUUUGCCGUGAUUGUAGGAAUCUUGAUGUCCCAAAAGGCGGUGAUGGUGUAG